CUGACGAGUUCAGAUUUCAGCAUCCCUCAAGCUCUGAGAGCAAUAGGUCGAAAGAAUCAAUCUUGUGAAAAUGGCCGACGAAGCCAACAGAGCUGCGUUCUUUGAGAUUCAAGGUCGUAUGAUUGAGCUCACUGCGAAACUGAAGCAGGUGCAGACGCAGAUAAGGAACAAAGAAGGAGAAAAGAAGCGUGCUUUUCUAACCCUGGAGGAGCUGCGGCCUUUAUCUGAUGAUGCAAAUACUUACAAAUCUAUAGGGAGAACGUUUGUUUUAGAGCCCAAGUCAGUGUUAGUGAAUGAACAGGAACAGAAGCUCAAGGACAGUGAGAGUGCAAUUGCCUCACUGCAGAUCUCAAAGGAAUAUAUUGAGAAACAGGUUGCAGAGGUGGAGAACAACUUGAGGGAGCUGUUGAACCAAGAUCCAGGUCUUGCUCGUCAGAUAAUGUCCAUGAGUGUAAUGUAACUUUUGAAUUCUUGAAAGUUUUCUGCAGUUAUUUUGUUUUGUUUUCCAUUUGGACCAACACAAGAAAUUUGUAGAAUCGAUCCGUUUUCCUCUCAACUCGCCACCUUGUUUUACUAUAAGGGUACGCUUUUCUUAUUUUGUCGCGGAUGUAUUAUAGGUAACAUGCUCUAAUUUAUGAAGAUACUUAUGCAAGUUCUCUAUUUAUUUAUUAAUUGCCUAUCCUCGUGUA